GUCGGACGUCUCGCAGCGACCGCAACGUGCUGUUUUGCCCGCUCUCUCAGUCAUUGCCUCUAACUCCGCUCAAGCUAUGGUGACCACCGGUGGGCAGGCACAGGAUCGGGAGCCGGAUGUACUGGAUCCCACGUCGGCGGUAACCGGACUGCCGCAGAAGCGCUUCUACCGCCAGCGUGCGCACUCGAAUCCCAUUGCGGACCACAGCUUCGACUAUCCCGCCCGCCCGGAAGAUAUGGACUGGCGCCUGCUCUAUCCGAGCAUCCAGCCGGGUCAGCAGGUGAGCUUCGCGGACAUUGGCUGCGGCUAUGGCGGCUUCCUGGUCACUCUGGGCCAGAUGUUCCCCGAGAAGCUCUCCAUCGGCAUGGAGAUCCGCGUGAAGGUGUCCGACUACGUGGUGGACCGGAUUGCGGCGCUGCGACAAAAGGGCGGCGCUGUGGGGGCGUCAUACCAGAACAUCGCUUGCCUGCGAACCAAUGCCAUGAAGUAUCUGCCCAACUACUUCGCCAAGGGCCAGCUGGAGAAGAUGUUCUUCCUCUACCCGGAUCCGCACUUCAAGCGCGCUAAGCACAAGUGGCGCAUCAUCAACCAGGCCCUGCUCUCUGAGUAUGCCUAUGUGCUGAGGAAGGGGGGUCUGGUGUACACCAUGACGGACGUGGAGGACCUGCACAAGUGGAUUGUGGCGCACAUGGAGGAGCAUCCGCUCUACCAGCGCCUCACCGAGGAGGAGGCGGAAUCCGAUCCCAUCACCCCAAAACUCUACCAGAGCAGUGAGGAGGGCGCCAAGGUGGUGCGCAACAAGGGCGAUCAUUUCCUGGCCAUUUUCCGGCGCCUCUAGGGCUCGCACAUCGUAUAUUCUUUACAUGUCUAGACACUAUGAUUAAGAUUGCCGUAGAUUAAAGACCCAGAUUGUUAAAGCA